AUGAAUGCGCUUAUGCAGUCUUCUCUGACUGACGUCGAGUCAAAACUUAAUACUCUGCUGAAACACCUCACGACAUCCCCGGGUGCAGCUGGAGCGCCGGCCGCUGCAGUUACCCUACUCGAAGCCGACGACACCUUAUCCUCCUCCAUCGACACCCUUCGACUUCACCAAGACAAUUACGCCAAAAUUCUACAAUUGCGAUCCGAGGCAGAGCGGCUGGAAGAACGUGUCAAAGACAUUGUGAGGGAUCUUGAGGGAUUUGACAAGGAGAUUAGAAUCGCUUGCGGUGACGAUGAAGAGGUUGACAGCGACCUCGACUCGGAGGAUGAAAGCGAGGCAGCCAAGAGCAGGAUCACCGCCCGCAAAGAGAUCGACUACCGAUUGCUUCUGGACUUUGCGCGCCGCAUCAGCAAAUAUAACCAGGAAGCCGCGGCCGAUGUUGCCAAAGGUGCCGGGUUAGGUCCUCGCCAGGACACGCGACCACAGAUUGCGGACAAAGAUGUGACGAUGACGGGGAUGAAUGGCGAAACGGGUGCAGAGGAAGACGGUGCCGAACCUGUCUCGUCUGUUACGAAGAAUGCGACCCAGUGGCUGGACGAUUCGGCGAAUGUCACCCGCGAAGUAAAUCUACUACCAUACCCAACGGAGGACAGGAUACGCAUGGGUCUGAUGGGCAAGAUACCCGCCGAGGGUACUGACCGUGAAAAGGAGGUUCAGCGAUUGAUACGCGAGGCAGAAGGCCUGGAGGUUACAGAAGCCCCGGCGCCUGUCCAACCGACAGAGACAAAGCAGGAAGAGGUUGCAAAGGCUGCGCCCGUUCGCCCAGCUGCUCCUGUUGCCCCCGUUGCUGCAAGGCCACCGGUGCCAGCACCUGCGCCAGCACCUGCGCCGAAGCCUAAACCAAAGGCUACUCUGGACCUGGACCUUUAUGAUCCUGAUGACGACGACUUUUGA